UGGACACAUUGGGGGGCUUUCAAAUAGUGGCUACGGCGUGGUCGUGCUGUUAUGCUAUUAUGCAGAAAAAGAGUUACCAAAGAAGCACAUUAAACCGCGUUCUUACGACUGCUCAUCGUGGUGCAGUCUUCACUUGCUUUAUGUUCGGUGUAGUCCUGACAGGGUACACAGUUAUUUCACUAGCCCAGUAUUAUAUAUUUAAACGACCUAUUAUCAAAAAACAGCAACAAGACUACGCGAAAGCACUUAUUUUUAAAGAGAAGCGGGAAAAAGAGCUUGGUUUGAGAGAUUGACAAUAUUUCACGUGAAGUUUUAUGAAAAGGUUGUCAAACCGUUUCGGUGAUUUCUUUCUUUCUAUGAUGUCCGUCUUGAAGUCUUACGAAAUUGCCAAUUUAAAACAACCAUCUUCAAAACCUAUUGUUGAUGAAUCAAUCUCUGGUUCGUCCAAUCAUUCUACCAGACCUAGACGUAGGAAUAAUGCCAUUUUGUUGAUGUAUUCAGGCUGGGGUUAUUACGGUAUGCAAAGAUGCCCUGUUUUUCCAACUAUUGAAGGAGAAUUGUCUAAAGCUCUCUUUACUUGUGGUCAACUCGAUAAUCUGACAGGUGAAGAACAUAAAAGAGUUCAUUUUCAACGUGCAUCUAAAACUGACAAAUCCGUUUCCGCUCUUGGACAAGUUUGUUCCAUGCAAUUACACGAAGACACAGAUUUAUUAAAUAAAUUAAACAAAGCCCUACCUGAAAAUAUUCGUGUUCUUGAUAUUAUUCGCGUAACUCGUGGGUUUUCUUCAUACGGUUCGUGUACACAUCGAAUUUAUGAUUAUCUAUUACCUACAUUCGCCUUAUCACCUGCUACUUCAUUAUUAAACGAUUCCACUUGUUGGACUUAUCGUUUAACAGUUGAACAAAUUACACAUGUUAAUCGUUUACUUGAAAAGUAUAUGGGUACUCAUAAUUUUUAUAAUUUCACUUCAGGAAGACUUGCAACGGAUAGCAGUUGUAAUCGAUAUAUUAUAUCAGCCAAAUGUAUGCCAACAUUUCUACUCGGUGAGCAUCAAUAUACUAUUAUACGUAUUACUGGUCAGUCGUUUAUGCUGCAUCAAAUACGUAAAAUGAUUGGUUUAGCAUUAGCUGUUCUACGUGGUUAUGCAACAGAAGCAGUAUUUGAUAUUGUGUUCAGUAAAGAAAGAGUAGAUAUACCGAAAGCUCCAGGACUAGGUCUUAUGCUUAACCGAGUGGACUUUAGUCAGUAUAAUACAAAAUAUCAAAAUGACGGUAUCCAUCAACCAAUUGAUUGGAGUAAAUAUGAAGAGCAAAGAAACGAAUUCAAGAUGCAAUAUGUAUAUGAACAUAUUGAUCGAAUUGAGUCAGUGGAAAAGUCUAUGUUCCAAUGGCUUUCUACAUUGGAUAAUCAUACGUAUAGUUUGAGAGAUUCUUCAUCUCCUCUGAUUGUUGUUGAUAAUGUUUCGAAAACCGAUAAUACUCAGAUAACCAAUCAAGAUUAUGUUACCACUCGCACACAUUUCAACACUAAAAAUAAUCUAAAUAAGAAUGAUGUUCCAGAGUGUGAUAUACCUGUUAAAAAAGAAAGGUUGGUAUUGUGAGAGGAUAUCUGUUUAAUUCUUCCUUUUAUGUCAAGUAGUGGUUUUAUAAUAAAUUGUUUAUAUUAGUCAUAAUGUUGUAUUCUUCUUUUGUUUUGCUUUAUAUUUGCCAAAUGUAUGCGAAAAAGAAAUAUAAAUACUACCAUUCUAAAUAGAGUUCCAUCUACAAUCUAUUUUCAAAGUGAUUCUCUCCCAAAUUUUUGUAACUUCUUUAUCUUUGAAUGUGGUUGAUAGGUUAGAAACAAAGACAGUAAUCGUUAUCGGUAAUGUAGCAUCAUAGAAGCAAGUGAACUUGUCAUUCAUUUGUCUCACUGGUCGAUUGUCCUCUUAAUUUUAAUCCAUAUGUUUCCCAAUAAAUAAAGUAACCUAGUUGUCUGAUUUUUUUUACUGUAAACUAGUCCGUAUGCCUUUCAAAGUAUUCAUAAUUUAUGCUCUUGCUGUUUCUUCGAGAUUUUCACUACUUAUUUUAAUAGUCUUAUGUACUUUGACCCUUUAUCAGUGUGUUUAGUGGUUCUAAGUUUUUGUUUUUGUUUGCGAUCUUAUUUCGUUAUUGUGUUCCCUAUUCUCGAUAAACCUGAGUAGAUGAAGCCCUUUUGCUUAGUGCUGCCAAAAUAAGGUCACAGUAUAUUUACAAUUACAUGUAGGAUAAAAGAUGCUUGUAGGGAUGUGUAUGGAGCCCCCAUAGUUCGAUUAACUUCCCUUAUUUUAUUUUGCAUAUAACUUACAACGUGAACACAAGAUACUUUGUGACUCGGUAUAUCGAGUAUCUUUGUACUUAAGCUCAGGCAUCUUUGUGCAUCCAAGACCAAUAUGGGUAAAACAAUUAACUCGCAAAUGGACGUUGGGUUUUUGCUACACAAACGCUCGUUAUAUCAGAAAUAUAACAUCCUUGUCCAGCCUAAUGUUAAAAGAAUUAACUCGGUAUAUUUGCCACUAAAGUGUUGCUUAUAGUAGAUGUAGGCCGUGCUUAGAUUAUUGCAGGAUACAUUUGUACUAGAAAUGAUAGGGUAAUAAAUUUCAAUGGAGGAGGCAUGGCGUUAUAUGUUAAAAAUUACUUUUGAGUACAUUAUUGACACACAGUAGUAGCACAUAUAAGGAAGCUAUUUGUACAAUCAAAUCUAAACAUGUGUUAGUGACUAUAGAAGCAAUAUACCGUAGUUAACGUUGUCUUACUGACGACUUUGUCCGAAGUUAUAUUUGCACAUGUCGUGAAGCCGAUUGUUGUGGCACAUCAGUUAGAUAGGACUUACAACGUCAAGUGGAUGUUUUGAUGGUAGCCUGCUAUCAAGUUUAUUUAAUGAACACUUGUACAUUGUAUCCCAAAACGGAAUUAUUGACUUAAAACAUGAACCAUCGUUGUUGAACCUUUUCUUCAUACUGCUGUGAUGAUGUUAUCAACAUUCAGUACCUACUCUAACCAGCUAACAUUGAUCACGUACUAUAAUUUAGGUUACGGACACAUUGUACAGUAUGUAUCUGUUCCACCUUAUCCCAAUAUCUGACGAGCUAACAUUCCUGCAAUCAGAGACUGUGCUCUUUCAACAAAUUGAUCCGUCAGCGUGGAUGGGGUAAUGGAAAACGAAUGAAAUAAGUCUAAAGCCAGAUUCUAGGUCAUUACCGUUAAGUCCAUGGUCAACACUUAGCCCAUCACGUUGCACUUCAUGGAUCGUUAUAGAAUACCGAAAUAUGCUAUGGUGUUUUGAAAGCAUGUUUCGGGCUUUUUCUUGAUAACGAGUGACGUAUCACUCAAAUGUGGUUACAAAAACUGAUAUAUAUAUAUAAAAGCAUUAUUGUUGGACGUCGCACUAAUUACGAAAGACAGUUGACACACGAUAGCUGUACUUACGCAGAACGAUCGUUUCGUACAUUAAGCGAAGAAUUAAACGUAGUAAUGGAAUUCCUCAGUAACGGUAAUAAAAUCAAAAUAGUUUAGUAAGUCUUCGAGAUUGAUGCUGACCUCAUUUGUUUUACUGGACAUACUCUAGCUUAAGGCACUCUGUCACGAAUUUGCAUCAGAUCGCGGGUGUGUACGCCGUGCUAACCAUCCCUUGUGACGAAUAGCCAGCUCAGACCAAACACUUUUCGAUAUAUUGACAGCCUUCCAAAUAUAUCUUCGAUCCCCAUCAUUUCUGAUUUGAUUAGGUUGGUUUCCUUAACUAUAAUGGUGUUACAUGUAAAGGCGUUGUCAAACUAUGAGCAACUAUUCCAUCUUUAGUGUUGAGCCUGACGUGAUCCGGUACACCAAACCAUAAAAUGUGAGUCUGUUACCUGGAACAUUACAUAUUCCUUCUGUUUUUACGCAUAGCGAUAUCGAUUUUAUAUUUGCGGGUGUUUUUUCGCCAAUUUGCGCAUCUUGUCUCUAUUAUGUCGCAAAAGACACCUACGCGGUUUAAGAUUAAGACUUACGCCUUUGAACUCAUCCCUGGAGAUCAUCAAAAAACCCAGGUUUAUUCUGUCAAAGAAAAGCACCAAACAAAUUCCAUUGUGUUCUCGUUCUUCCUUUCUUGAUCUUCUCCAUCUUCUGCUGCCAGACAUUACGUUCCUUCAACUCACGUUAUAUACUACUUAUAUCAAUAUAAGUAGCACGCACCACACUAGGUCAUCUACGGAAUCCAAAUCGUCUAGUUGCAUGCAAGCUGUCCACUAUACUUUUUUGAUCCUUUUUCAAUUAUCCUCCAUAGUGGUUUCAUCUUCUUUGAGUAGAUCUUGUAGGGCUUGGAACGUGAUGCUGAGAGCUAUCUUGGAUUUGUCAGUAUUUCAAAGGAAGGAUGUAUUGAACGUUUUUAAUGCUGUCUCUCUAGUUGUCCAAUGUUUCUUUAUCUUCAGUUUUAUUUCGGCUACCACCAUGUGGUGAUCUGAAGCUAUGUCAGCUCCUCUCCUGGUUUUUACGCCUUCCAUUGACUUUCCGAACUUUUUACUGAUGUAAAUAUGAUCCGUCUAAAUCUCUGUAGUGUGAUCUAAUGAGACCCAUGUGGCUUUGUGUAUGUGUUUGUGUGGGAAUAUUGUGCCACCUAUAACCAUUUUGUUGAAUGCACGUAGAUUUGCGAAUCUUCCACCAUUCUCGUUUCUUUCUUCCAGUCAGUCCAUGUCGUCCCAAGACAUCUUCAUGCCCGAAUUCGGCAUUUAAGCCCCCCAUCAGAAUGGUCAGGUCCCUUCCUGGGCACUUCACUAAGAUCGAUUGCAGCCUCUAAAAAAACUGAUCUUUAUCGUCGUCAUUGCUAUCAUUGUUUUGUGCAUAACAUUGAAUAACAUUCAUUGUGAUUCCCCCUUUCUUUGUUUUGAGGGAUGCUUUGAUGAUUCUGGGUCCACGAGGUUCCCAUCCUAUGAGUGCUUUAGGUGCCUCUUUGGAUGUCAUCAGAACAACUCCCUGUGUGUGCGGAGCAUUUUCUUCCUCGUGACCAGAGUACAGCAACAUCUCUUCCGAAUCUAUUCGUUUCUAUCCACCAUAGAUCCAAUGGGUUUAUGAUGUAUGGGCGAGAAUGAUCGUGAUUGGUUGUCUGUUUAGUCAGAUAUGUAAAUAGUCUGACAGGUGUCAGAUGAGUUUUGUAUUCCCGAUCCUUAUAUGUAUUUUUGAUUGUUUAUUGUUGUUGGAUUGUGUUGGGUCUUCGGUGUGGAAAUAUAUUUAUGUUGUAGGCAGGCUAAUCACGGGGAUAGAAAUGAAGGAAACGCGAAACCCGUUAAUAGUUUAGUAAGGGUGUUAGUGAACACAGAACAAAAAUAAACGACUAUGUGUAUAUCGCCAAAUGAACAACAAAAAGAUUAAAAAUAAAUGCUUAUUGCAAUAAGAUUUGAUAGUAGUGUAUGUGUUUGUGUAGUAGUAAUUUGGAGUGAUGCUACAAUAGUCUCAAUUAAUUGCAAAGGAUAAUCAAAUAUCAUUAUAUUUGAUCGUUUAAAGAUCCCUAUAUUAAAAAGGCUAAUAUUCGAACGAAGAAUAUCCUUUUCUACAAUUAUGUAUCCAAAUUAAUAAUCCGAAAAAUGGCCAGGUUAAGUCAAAGUUCGUCGUUUAACGUAUGUGAAUUUAGUAUUGUUGAACAAAAUACAAUAAAAUUGUUAAUGUUGAUAUGACUCAGAUAGAAUGUUAACUUGAAUCUGCGUAUAUGUGGAAUUUAAGAUCCAUGAUCGGAAGAAAUAUGGGUCAGAUAGGGUGAGAGUAAUAAUAGUGCAAUUACAAUUCGGUCAAAUGUUUAGUGGAAAGCUAUAUUGUGUGAAAAAUUAGUAAAACGUAAUAAGGAGGGAUAAAUUCAUAGUGAAUGAAUCAUGUAUAGGGGAGAUUAAUAAUGAUGCUUAAACAAUAGUAAUAAUAAUACAAAGAUUUGUGAAUAACGAUAACAGAUGCAAUUAUAGCUGACUAUGAAAGGUCGUAGUCGAAUUAUGUCACUGACCUGUUGUUGGUCAGGGUAAGAGGAGUGGUUGGAGAUAGAUCUUCUGUACUCAUACCUCCGGUUUCUUCAUCCAGUUGGCUACUGCUUCAGCCGUUUGAAGGGCUUUAAGUCUGACAAGCUUUGGCAAAAAAUACUGACCUUAUGAAUAGUUGAAGAAGAGUGGUUUAUACUGUCACUAUUACCAGUUCGUACUAAAUGGGCCAAUAUCGAGCUGUUCACUUUCUUCAUCAAACUUGUGUUUAGGUGCGCUGGGAGGUGCUCACGAGCAUGAAAAUUCCUAGAACUUCGACCAAUAGAACUCGCUCCACAGGAGCAGUCGAACUGAUAAAUACAAAAUUAGGUAGUCAUUCUAGGUAAUUCAUCUUAUGGCCUCGGUGUCACCAUUGGGCGUUAAAAGAAUUUUGUAUUGUCCUGCGUAAUCUCUGAGUUAACAUUUGACUAGCCAUAUCCCCUCUGAAUUGUAGACGCAUUAACUGGGACUUCUUCACUGUUUGCAUUCCGCCUACUUUCGUGAUCAUAUAUUUAAUUAUAUAUUUUCUAGGGUAAUCAUUCUCCCUGAGAGUAUUACGCAAGGCGUUAGGCUCAUCUUGAAUUAAAUGAGCAGAACAUAUAGUGCGUAUACGGUAACUAAGGGUUUUGAUUAAGUUUCGUUUGUACUGUAGAGGUACGAAGCUAAGGAAUUACGGAUACUGCCCAGUCCAUGUACUUUUUCUGUUUGUUUCUUUUUAACGAUCCAUCCGCACUUUUAGUUAAGAGAACGUCCAAAAAGGCUAUUCGACCAUCACUCUCUUCAGAUGUAAACUGAAUGGCUGGAUGUUCCUCAUUAAAUCGCCUAAGAACCUCAUGCUGUAAAGUAUUAUCUUUACAGAGGAUGAACAUGUAAUCCAUAUAUCUACAGUAAAAUGUGAAGUUCUGAAUAAUCUUUUUUAACGGACCAUUUUCUAGUUUGGCUAGAAAAAUAUCAGCUAGUAUAGGGCUCAGUUGUGAACCCAUUGCAACACCAUCUGUUUGUCAAUAUAUUUCACCGCUGAACCUGAAAUUCACAUACGUGGUGCAUUUGAGUAAUAACUCUUUCACGGUAUUCAUAGGAACAGUAGUUCCAGUUUCAUUUUCAAUCAGUUGUUCACCUAUGUAUUCCACAGUCUCAAUGAUUUCGACGUUUGUGAAUAACGAUGUUACAUCCAAUAACAUCAUCUUUAAUCCCAACGUAUUUGCAUUUUUGAUUUUGUCAACAAAUUGGAAUACAUCCUGAACAUUGUUUUACAAGCUUUUCAUGGAGAGGUUUCAAUAGAAUUAACAACCAUUUAGCUAUAGUAUGGUAAGGAGAGUUAUACCUAUCUAGAAUAGGUCUUAGUGUCGUUUGUUUAACAAUCCUAAAUUAAAAUACUUUAAACGAUGUGCUUUGCCCUUAA